AUGCUCAUAAAUAUUCUCUCAACUAAUUUUGCGUUAACUUCAGGUAAUUUUGAUAACUCAAUUCAUUUAUGGGAUGUUAAAACAGGAUAAUAAAAAGCCAAAUUAGAUGGUCAUUCCCGUAAAGUCCUAUCAGUAUGCUUCUCACCAGAUGUAACUACUUUAGCAUCUGGUAGGGGUGAUUAGUCAAUCAGAUUGUGGGAUGUUAAAACUGGAAAACCAAUAAAUCAAACUGAUAAUCGUUACAGCAAAAUUUUAGCUUAAUUUUACACACCAUUGUUUUACAAUAGCCAACUUCCAUAAAGCAGUAUAUAUAUUUCUAUAUUUUUUUAAGUUAUUAAUCAUCCAAAAUUAAUUAUAUCCUCAGAACCUACUUUUUAUGCUUAAGGUGCUUUAAUUUUAAAUGGAUAAUUUUUAACUCAUUAAGGUUAUGAUCUGAAACAUUUAAUAAAAACCUAAGGAGGUUACUUUUUGGAAAGUAAUUUAGAAUUAUUUCAAAAGAAGAAUUGA